GGGGGCGGCGCGCGGGCGCGGGGCGCGGCGGGGGCCGGCGGGCCGCCCCCGCCCGCGCCAGUGGAGCCGCUCGGCGGAUCAUGUGCAGCUCGCUGCCGCUCGCAUGCGGCGCAUGGUUUCACCUUCAGGGCGGCGGGUGGCUCGGCGCGCCCUUCCCCAAACGUUGCCGCCGGCAGCGGAGGAGGAAGCAUGUUUUGACACUGCCUGCUUGCAUAUGUGCGUAGACAAAGUCACCGCAGGUGUCACUGCAAAGACGACUCCUCUCUAGUGUGCGGUUGGAAGACUCCAAGGCGAAGAAGUGAUCUAUGCCAUCCACUUACAGAGCACGCAGAAAUAAAUUGGUGCUUCGGACUCUCUUGAGAAGCUGCAAGGAGAACCAUUACCCUGAGAAUGAAGCAAUAAAACAUCUCUCUGCAGAACCGUAUGAUUGAAAACGCGGUCCAGCCCUCCUCUGCUGCCGGACAUGCUUUUGUCCUACUGCCCCGCUCACCCAAUGUUGCAGUAAUACAGAUGGAUCGUAGUAGAGAGGCAGAAAUGGAGUUACGGAGAUCCUCCAGCCCAGGCAAGCUGAACAAGAACGACGUGGAUGCUGACAAGACCAUGUGCCACAGCUGCUGCAUCUGCGGUAAAAGUUUCCCUUUUCAGAGCUCCUUGUCACAGCACAUGAGGAAGCACACGGGCGAGAAGCCCUACAAAUGCCCUUACUGUGAUCACAGAGCUUCCCAAAAGGGCAACCUGAAGAUCCACAUCCGUAGUCACAGAACAGGCACUUUAAGUCAGGGGCAUGAGACGGAGAUGGGAGAGGCGCAGCUGGGGGAGAUGGGUGUUUCGGAGGGCCUGGGCGGGUGCACCAGCCCGACUAAAAGCACGUCCGCCUGCAACAAGAUCUUGAACGGUACCGCUCAGGUAGAUAGCAGCAAGAUCUUGUUGAGAAGCAGCAAGAAGGAGGUCACUGAAGUGGUGCCGGCUGAGGAGGAUGGCAAGCUGACCUCUUACCAGUGCACCUUCUGCAAAAACAAAUUUGAAAGGAAGAAGGACCUAGAGCAGCAUCUGCACCAGGUUCACAAACCGUUCAAGUGCAGGUUGUGUAGCUACAUGACCCUGAGGGAGGAGACACUGUUAAACCACAUAGAGAAGGACCAUAUAACAGCUCAGGUCCCAAAUGGGGAGGCCUAUGUUGAGAACUGCAAGAGCGAGCUGAGUGCGGGCGAGUUUCCAUGCGAAGUCUGCGGUCAGGCCUUUAGUCAAACCUGGUUCCUGAAAGCUCACAUGAAAAAGCACAGGGGGUCAUUUGAUCAUGGGUGCCACAUUUGUGGCAGGAGAUUCAAAGAGCCCUGGUUUCUCAAAAACCACAUGAAAUCACACGGCCCCAAGACUGGGAGCAAAAACAAACCAAAAAAUGAUUUGGAGCUCAUAGCCACUAUCAAUGAUGUGAUACAGGAGGAGACGAUUGUGACGGGCUUGUCUCUGUACGAAAUUUGCACCAAGUGUGGAAAUCUGUUUACAAAUACGGAAAGCCUGAAAGCGCAUAAUGCUGUUCACUACCGAGCGCAGCGGGGCAGCGCUGGGGAUAAAGCCGAGGGCUUAAUUGAUGGGAGCCUAAACUCCUCGAUAACGAAGCAGUUUUUCUUGCAGUGUCUCAAUCUAAGGCCGUCUGUAGCGCUGGAUAGAGUUACAAGAGGACAGCCUGGGAAAAGAGUAGCCGAGUUGGAUCCGGUCAGUAGCUACCAAGCUUGGCAGCUGGCCACCAAAGGAAAAGUAGUCGAGCCCUCUGAGUAUGUGAAGUUUGUGGGAUGGGACGAGGCCCUGGCGGAUGCGGAUGUGACUUACGAUAAGGAUAAGAGAGAGUAUAUCCUCGUCAACCAGGAGAAGCGGAAGCGAGACCAGGACUCUCCCGGUGCUUCCAGCAACCCCAAGAAGAAAAGCUGCACCAGCGGGCGCCUGGAGAAAACGGCCGGUGCCCCGCCGGGGGAGAGCUGCCCGCUCACCCAGGGGGACCUGGACUACCGCCCUGCCUCGCGGCAGAGCCGGCGGGCCGCCCAGAACAAGUCCACUGAGUGCUUCGAGUGCGGGAAGAUCUUCCGCACCUACCACCAAAUGGUGCUGCACUCCCGGGUGCACCGCAGGGAGCGGAGGAACUGCAGCGAGGGUGGGACGGCCGCCCAGCCUGACCGCUACGGCUCCAGCAGCGAGGAAGGGGACUCAGGGUCUGUCAGCGGGCCCAGCACCCCCGGCUCUGCGUCUGCCCCAGAGGACUCGGCCACCUCCGGCCUGGGGGAGGAGGGGGCCGAGGAGAGCUCAGAAGAGGGAGCAGCCGACCCCUCGCUAGAUGAAAAGCCAUACCACUGCAGCUUUUCUGAAGAGAAGACCCCAAUGGUAACGUCUCAGUUGGAUGAACUCCCGAAGCUGGGAAGCCGCAACGCCAGAGAAAACGAGGCCAGGGAAUCAAAACCAGAGAUUCCUGCCCUGGUGUCAGCAAUGGAAAGUGUCAUCAAGGAGCCCUUUUCGAAAUACCAAGAUCUAAAAGUUUCCGUAGAUAUAAAGAUGCCAGCAUUUCACCACAGCCAAGGGCUUCCUUGCUCCAGUCGCAUUGCUAGCUUUGCUUCAGGUGUGGGCCAGACGUCUACAAACAUGGUCAUGGACUUGAAAACGUCACUUGAAGUGCAGGCUAGUCACACUAGAGAAAAUUUACUAGACUUAAACAGGGAGCAUCCUCUGCUAGAAAAAGGUGCUGAAGCUCAAGUGGUAGCUCCACUUGAUUUGAGUGAAAAAUCAACAAGGGAUAAUUCAUGCAAUAAAAAUCUGAAUACAUCCUUGCAGGCUGCUUUAAUUGUCUACCCGUGUCCUUUCUGCAGUCACAAGACCUACUACCCUGAAGUCCUGUGGAUGCACAAAAGAAUUUUGCACAAAAUCAGCUGUAACUCCAUGGUCCCCCCUUGGGUUCAACAGAACGGAUUCAAGAGUAUUAAAAACAGCCUGGUCUUCCUGGCAAGGAGUGGGCGUACUGGCCCCCCUCCUGUUCUUGGUGGUAAGGAAUGUCAGCCUUUGCCUGUUGCCAGAUUUAGGCGCACUCAAGUGCCAAGUGCAUUGCCAGGCUCCAAAAGCAGCUCUCUUUCUGUCGGGAUGACUGCGAAGUCUGGGAGUACGCAUCAGUCAAAAGACGGUCAUGCCUUUGGCCACUGUGGUCCACGCUUAUCAGGUCUGGAUGGGUACAGGCAGCCCAAGUUAAACCAUUCCCAGGAGCAAUACAGCAUAGCGGCACAACAAAAAAGUAAAUACGAAGCGAAUUCCAAACUUUUGCAAAUGGGAGCCUAUAGCAGAAGCGUAACGCCUACCCAGACGGUCAUAUCCAGGCCUAACACACAGCCUACCAACAGUAAGCAAGUGGAAAAGUACAUGGUUCCCCAAGGAAGUACUAGUUUUGCCCCUCCAGGUAAGCACUGUGCAUCCGACUCCAUGAAGGCCAAAUUCAGCCCACCGCCACAGUAUCAUCCGCUGUGUAAAAGCGAGCAGUACACUAAACACGAAGAGCCAUUGGUGCCUCAGAGGGAGCCUCACAUGAAGGCUGGGAAUGAGAUGAGGACAUUGGCAAACUGCACAGCAGUAGCACGAGCAAGUCCUUUGCUGCAGCCCCAGCCUGGUGGCACGGGAGUUUCUCCGGCUUUACACUCCAGCAAACAGGAUCUGGGAUCAGACGGGCAUGAGAAACGUUUGGACGUUUUAAAUAUCUUUAAAACAUACAUUCCAAAGGACCUUGCUUCGUUGUACCAAACCUGCGGUGCCAACAGCCCUGUCCUGGAUCACACAGGGAUGCUCAGGACGCAAACACGCCAAGGAGACUGUGUCUGCAGAGAAUGUGGAAAAUGCUUUACCCAACCCAGUCACCUCAGGACUCAUCAGAGGUCCCAUGCAGUGGUAUUUGAGUCUAAUGGACUCCGAGGUACUGAAGUUCACACCACCUCCGCAGAUGCCCCAAAACAAGGGAGAGACCACGGCGGUGCGGAGGUGGCCCAUAUGCUGCCUCUCCGGAAGGGAACCUAGAGCCCCGGCGGAGGAGCCCCCCACGCCAGCGGCCCCCACCCCGAGGGGCAGCGCCGGCAGCCCCCGCUCCGCUGCAGAGCAGCUUCCCUGCCAGCCAUCGCCUCGCCCGGAGCCGCUGCGCGAGACUGAAACCAGCACUCUGUGAGGAGGGGGGGUGCCUCUGCGCUGUUAAUCAUUUUAAAAUAAAUGAAGAUGCUACACAAGAUAUAUAUAAAUUGACGUACUAAUCAGUCCCAUGGUUCCUUAUUUCCUUUAUAAUAAACAGUGGAGUUGGCAAGCACUGUGGCAGCACAAGGCAUCUAUAUUAAUCAAGAGAAGUUUGAGACACUGGAAAAAUUAAACUUUAUGUGAUUUGGACAGCAUGAAGAAGUUAAGCACUGUAACAAAAACCUCCCUGAUGCUCACAAUGACUAUUUGAUACAUUUGAAAAACAGCAGUGGAUUCGAGGGCUGGAGAAGUAUUAAUUAAUGAAACUGCCACUGCUUGUCAUGCUGAAAAGCAAAUUAAAAAAAAAAGUGAGGAAGAAGCAGGGGUGCGGGGAAAAGGUGGCAUUUGGUGCUGAGAAAGCAAUGCUUGAUGAAGGAUUAAAGGGACUAAAGAGAAAGACCGUCAUUCUGCAAUGGUUUGUUUCAUUACAGUUUGGGGACCACUUGCAUUUCUAGUGCUCUUGCUCUUGACUGCGCACCAUUAAUAGUAUGUGAAUAUGGAAAUUGAAACACUUCCAGAGAAAAGCUUCUAUUCUGCUUUGGAAAAGAAAAGGUAGUCGAACACUAAGAAAAAAAAAAAAAACGGGCUUCUGUGUCUUACUCUCAGGACCUUUUUUUGUAACAGGGCUACUUUCUUCGACCUGAUCACAAAGGAAGUCUUCACGUUUAAAAAAAAAAAAUAAAAUAAAAUGCUCAGCUGUCUAAUGCCGCUGAUCUGUAUGUUUAGAAGAGAAAAGGUGUCAGUGAACAAGUUCAGGCAGCCCUGGGCCAGUGAGGUACUCUCUGCUCCUGUGUUGGGUUCAGCGGGCCAGCUACCGCUCCUCCUUGGGCCCGGUGACGUUUUGGAAAGACGAGGAACUUCUUUUGUGGUGGCAGGUUCAUGUUCAUAUAAAUGUGUCAUGUUUGUACUUAGUGAUCACUGGUGGUGUUAGGAAAAAAAAAGAAAAAAAAAA